UUGUUGUUGUUUACAUCCGCAGCGCGUCAAGAGGCAGGGAGGGACGCUUCGAGCCAGGCCUGGAAAAUAAUGUCGAGGAGCGUGCAGGAGGCUGUCUAACUAUAACCUCGGUCCCUCAUCUACGACAGAGAGGACCAUGGCGAAGGAAACUAAAGCGGCAGUGCCCAAGGAGGCCCAGGUGAUGAGUGCCAUCCUGAAGGACAUGGGCAUCACGGAGUACGAGCCUGGGGUCAUCAAUCAGAUGCUGGAAUUCACCUACCGCUAUGUGUCACAGGUGCUGGAUGAUGCGCGGGUAUUUGCCAACUAUGCAAAGAAGGCACGUACUAUAGAGAUGGAUGAUGUCAAGCUGGCUGUACACAUGCAGAUGGAGAAGUCCUUCACCGCACCACCUCCCAGAGAUCUGCUGUUAGAGAUGGCACGCACCCGCAAUGCCAACCCAUUGCCUCCCAUCAAGGCAAACCAGUAUGGCAUCCGCCUCCCCCCUGACCGCUACUGCCUCUCUGCCUGCAACUACAGAAUAAAACCACCACGCAAGAAGCCAUCAGGCCUGCCAACACUUGGAGGGGGCAACCGCAUCAGCCUAGGUGGUGGGGGUGGGGGCAUGAAGCUGGGCAACACCCCCAUCAAACCAACCAUCUCUAUGGUGACCACCAAGACUGGCAACACACAGACAGUCACACUGGUGCAGAAGCCAGCCACCAACAUCACCUCAGGACCUGCACAGAAGAUCGUCAGUGUUAAUCGGCCAGUUUUCAAAGUCACUCCAGGCCCAACAGGGAACAGCAAUGUCAUGAUGAACGUCUCGUCAGGCACCAUUAAGGUGGACCCUGAUGCACCUACCAUGAAGAGGAAGAGGGAGGAUGAUGACGGUGACACAGGGCAGUAGUUGAGUGUGGUGUCACCACUGCCAUCAGUCUCGUUGCUGCCUUGCCUCUUUUUUAGCCUUCCAGGGAUGUGUAUUGUGGUCUUUGUGAGUCACUUUCCUAACCAAUAAAUAGGGAUAGAUUUU